GUUUAAACGUGUAUAACGAACGAUAUUAAGUUGUACAACAUGGGUAUGAGAGUCAUUUAAUUGUGAGAGUAUAGUACAGUGAUUACUAUACCUCAGGAACUUGAAUUACACAUUGUUCGUUUGUUUAGUUUGAAUCGAUUGCUUCAGCACCUGGCAUACGUACACUACCGAAAAAAGAAAUAUCGGGCAUAACCACACCAGUGAUUCUAAAGUGCAAAGUACUUUCUAAAUGUGAACUUUGACCACUGAAUUUUUGAUAUCGCUUAUCAGUUUCGUGUCGUUCUAUUGCAGCCCGUCAUUUAUUAUUAAAGCCCGUCAAAACAUUGAAACUUAGUUGUUACUCGUGAAAAUUUAUUCCUUAAAAAGCAAUCAUGCUGAAGACUUUAAAAUCCGUUUUUAUGGCUAUAUUAGUCAAUAUACUGGGAACAUCAUUCAUCGUCUCAGUAUUACUCUAUCUGCGAAAUGCGUUUCAUAACAUACCAAUCGAUGUGCAUCGAUCGAUUGUAAAACGUUCUACACUUGUGCCGCUUUGGUUUGCCAGAUUUGUGUUAAACUUUGCAACUAGUCCGAUCGGUGAGGAACGAAAAUGGACGCAUAAAAUUAAACAGACGGCAUGGAAAGGCGUUUGGAUUGUGCCCAAUCGAAAUUCAUUGAAAGAGGCAGAAGAUGCAGCAUUGAACAGCGAUCUGGUUAUCUUGUAUGCUCAUGGAGGUGGAUACUGUAUGGGUCAUGCUAAAAUGUAUAUGGAAACUUUCCAGUUAAUUAUAAACCAUUUGCGAAGCGAACAUAAUAUUCGAGCGAGUAUCUUGUCAUUAGAAUACAGCCUCAGUCCAGAACAUGUUUGGCCAAAGGCACGUGACGAAGCGAUCGAAUCGUAUCAGUAUUUGACUGAUACUAUCGGUAUUCCAUCAUCGAAAAUCAUUUUUGCGGGCGACAGUGCGGGAGGAAACUUGGUAGCUACAAUGUUAUUAACAAUAAAAAGUCGAGAACAUCUUUCACAGCCAGCGGCCGCUGUUCUACUAUCACCAUGGAUUGAUCUUACAAUAAAUCAGCCCAGCUUUGCCACAUAUCGAAACGAUAUUUUGAGUCGAACACAAAUUGCCAAAUAUGUGCCAUACUACAUUCCGAACUACAAAAAUUUGGACGAAGCAUCCAGGGAUUCGAUGAUACGCAAUCCACUGAUAUCACCAUUGUAUGGGAAUUUCAGUGGUACCUGUCCAAUAUUUCUUGCGUAUGGAGAAAAGGAAUUAUUUAGGACAAGCAUUGAUGCCUUUAAGGUCAACUUAGAGACCCAUCAAUGUAAUUUAACAACAUUGAAAGGAGAUAAUAUGGGCCACGUUUGGCUUGUUUAUAGCUUAAUGGCUCCAUCGAAAAACGUUUAUGAAAGAGAUUGUAAAAUAUUUGUUGAUUGGAUGGCGUCUGUUGUUUGUAAAAAAGAAUAAAAAGGAAUUUGAAACGAAA